UAUCGGAAUUUUAAUACACUAUACAGUCGUACAGUCUAUUGUAAUAAUAUUUUUAAUUUUCCAAAUGAAAUAUCUGCAAUUGGGUAUUUUAUACAACAUUUAAAUAGCCACCACUAUAAUUUAUCAAAUAUCUGUAUUGUGUAAAUUAAGUUUUUGCCUUGUGGUUAGUAUUAAACCGUUGAGACACGACGUUCAUUGAAAUUUAAGUACAAUAUUCAUAAAUAUGUCUUCAAACUUUCGUUUGCGUAGCCGUACGGCAAUAAACAAUGAAAAUCCAGUAAAAAACAUCAAGGAAAAUCUGCUUACGAACCGCAAGAAAACUGCACUUCAAGUUCUGACUAAUACAGUACAGUCAAGCAAGAAACCUGAUGGAAGACGAUUAAAAACAACAAAAAUUGUGCCCAUGCAAAAACUUGAGACUGAAGUAACGUGCAGGUCUCCAUUUCAAGAUAUCACUCAUGAACAAAACGAAGAUCUAACACAUUUUGGCUGUAUAUCGCACCAAGAAAAAGAUAUUCUGCCUUCAAGUAUGACGUGUAACAUCAACAUGUUAAGUGAUUUUUUCAAUAACAACACAAUUAAUGAUGAAAACGAUUGGUUCCUAGAAGACUAUAAAAAUACAAUGAUCGAUCAAGUUAAAAAUACGUUUGAAAAUUUUGGAGAACCUGAAAUUAAAUUUGAAUUUUCUUCGUUGCCUCUAAUGGAAUUUCCAGAAAUGUCUUGUGUAAUUUAAAAAUAUUUCUUCGGUGAUAUGAAGUGUACUGAAGUAACUACCUAUAUUUUUUGAUUUAUGUAUAAUUAUUUAUAUUAUUUUAAUAAUUUUUUCCCCUUUAUAUAAUUAUAUUUUUAAGUAUUGAUAAUAAAAAAAAUGUGUAUAAAAAUCAA